AUGGAGUCAACUCUAAUUUACCGGCUUUCGGAUGGUAAGUACCUGCUCAGUCCAAAGAAGUGCAAGUUGAUCAUCCUGAAGCUUAACCCGCAGACUUCGGAGCCCAGAGCCUCCAUUGACUCGGGAAGCCACACGUUGCACUAUCUAAUUGUUGACACCAUCAUCUAUGUGUGUAUUACUACCAGCAAUUUCCCGAAAAAGCUUGUGUUUUCGUAUCUUGCCGAGAUCUCUACCGAGUUCAGUCACGUCUACGCUAGCGAGCUGUCCAGACCGGACUUGAAGCCGUACCAAUUUAUCCAGUUUGACUCCUUUAUCAGCAAGACGAAAAAGAUCUACGGUGACUCCAGAGCCCAGUCCAAUCUGGACCAGCUUAAUACGGAACUGGUCGACGUGAAGAAGAUUAUGAACAAGAACAUCGAGGACCUGCUCUACAGGGGCGACUCGCUGGACAAACUCCAGGACCUUUCCGCCAAUCUGAAAAACCAGUCCCAGAAGUACAAGAAGUAUGCCGAGAAAAUCAAUUUCCAGCUCUUGCUCAAGCAAUAUGCGCCCGUGGUGCUGAUCUCGCUCUUCAUUCUCUUCAUUAUCUACAGAGUUAUAUUUUAA